GAUGGCUGCCGCGUUUACGCGUUUUUCUGUCGGUCCUCCUCCUCCUCUCCCAUCCUCCAUUGCUGCUAUUUAUGUCCUUUCUCCAUCACCGUUUGCUCUUAGCAGGCGCAGAAAAAAAAACCCUAAUUUCCCUCUGCUCUGCUUCCACACACGUUUCCCAUUUCUCCUCGCCAAUUUCCAAUUUCGCCCAUCCAAUCGUCCUCUCCUUUCUCCAACCUGCAAUUCAGUCGAAUAAUCCAAUAACAUCUCUGAACAAGCCAAAAUCACAGCAGGGAUAACGAAAGACGGAUGGAGAAAGCUGCGCCGGUGGCGUUCGCGUCGGCGAAGAUGCGUGCUCUAAAGGAGGACGAGUUGUUCCCCUCCACCCCCGGUAAGUUCAAGAUCGAACGCUCUCACCAAUUUCACCGUCAGUACCAACGCUGCUUCGCCUCCUCAACCACCAUCUUCCUCUGGGUCAUCUUCCUCAUCGCCCUAACCGCAUCCUUCCUCUCCUUCCAACCCUUCCUCUCGUCAUCCUCUCGCCUUUCCUCCGCCCAUUCCUGGGGCGGCCUCCAGUGGGAACGCCAGGUCCGUGUCUCCGCCUCCCCUCGUCGCCCGUCCGGCCUCACUGUCCUCGUCACCGGCGCCGCAGGUUUCAUCGGCUCCCACUGCUCUCUAGCCCUCCGCAAACGCGGCGACGGCAUCGUCGGGCUUGACAACUUCAACUCGUAUUACGACCCUUCCCUCAAAAAAGCUCGCCGCUCCCACCUUUCCUCACAUUCCAUCUUCAUCGUCGAUGGCGAUAUCAACGACGCCCGCCUCCUCUCCAAGCUCUUCGAUAUCGUCCCAUUUUCCCACGUCCUCCACCUCGCAGCGCAGGCCGGUGUCCGUUACGCCAUUGAAAACCCUUCCUCUUACAUCCACUCCAAUAUAGCCGGCCUCGUUACCCUCCUCGAAGCCGUCAAAUCCGCCGACCCCCAACCCGCCUUCAUCUGGGCUUCUUCCUCCUCCGUCUACGGCCUCAACGACAUUGUCCCCUUCUCCGAAUCCCACCGCACCGAUCGCCCCGCCUCCCUCUACGCCGCCACCAAAAAAGCCGGCGAAGAAAUCACCCAUACCUACAACCACAUCCACGGCCUCUCCAUCACCGGCCUCCGAUUCUUCACCGUCUACGGCCCAUGGGGCCGCCCCGACAUGGCCUAUUUCUUCUUCACCAAAGCCAUCCUCGCCGGAAAACCCAUCACCAUCUACCGCGGCCGCGACGGCCUCAACCUCGCUCGCGACUUCACCUACAUCGACGACAUCGUCCGCGGCUGCCUCGCCGCCCUCGACACCGCCGGAAAAUCCACAGGCUCCGGCGGAAAGAAGCGCGGCGCAGCCCCUUACCGCAUCUUCAAUCUCGGCAACACCUCGCCCGUCAACGUACCAACUCUUGUCUCCAUCCUUGAGCGCCACCUAAAACUGAAGGCCAAGAAGCACGUGAUCGAGAUGCCUAGCAACGGCGACGUGCCCUUCACCCACGCGAAUAUCACGCUCGCCAUGGCCGAGCUCGGCUACAAGCCAACCACCAACAUCGACGCCGGACUCAAGAAGUUCGUCAAGUGGUAUAUUUCCUACUACGGCCACGCCGCCAGAGGAAUCUUCAAGACCAAUCUGUAAAUUUCUUUUUUACCCAAAAUAUCCAAAUCAUUUUCACUUCUACCAUUUUCGGAUCUCAGGUAUUCUAUAAUUUUUAUUUUAAUCAUCUAUAUAAUAUUAUAAUUUUAAAUAA